AUGGCUUGUCAAAAGGAGCCCGCGGCAUGUGGGUCGUGCCCCAGCGACGGACAUCAGAACGGAGUUGGCGACAUCGAGGACUACAAACUCGAGCUGGAGUCAUUACGCAAACGAACACUGGAGCUUGAGCAGAAACUAUCCGCCGUAGGACUGGGACAUUCGUCGUCUAACGGCACCACGAAGACGAAAGCCAAACUGCGGUCGGAGCACUGGUUCAACGCAGACGACAACAAGGAGAUGUGCGCACUGUACACGGAUCGCUACCUCAACUAUGGGCUCACGCACGAGGAGCUGAAUUCGGGCAAGCCCAUCAUCGGCAUUGCACAGUCCGGCUCAGACCUGGCGCCGUGCAAUCGCUAUCACCUGACACUUGCGAAGCGUGUGCGCGAGGGAAUCCGGUCUUCUGGUGCCAUCGCAUUUGAAUUCCCUACUCAUCCGAUCCAGGAAAGCUCAAGGAGGCCGACGGCCACGCUGGACCGGAAUCUGGCGUAUCUGGGCCUCGUUGAGCUGCUGCACGCUUACCCACUUGAUGGCGUGGUUCUGUUGACGGGGUGUGACAAGACCACGCCGGCUUUCUUGAUGGCGGCCGCCACUGUGAAUAUCCCUGCAAUCUGUCUCAACGUUGGGCCGAUGCUGAAUGGACGCCUUGGCUCUGACGACAAGAUCGGUUCAGGCACGGUCCUGUGGAAAGCUAGGGAUUUGCAUGCCGCUGGAGAAAUAGACGAUGAGACUCUCAUGGCCAUGAUCUCUGCAGGUACUCCUUCAGCCGGCCAUUGUAAUACAAUGGGCACAGCGUCAACUAUGAAUGCUCUCGCGGAGGCUCUUGGUAUGGCUCUUCCAGGUUCGGCCGCCAUUCCCGCCCCUUAUCGUGAACGCUUGCAGUGUGCAUACAAGACAGGUCGACAGAUCGUCGAAAUGGUGCACUCAGACCGCAAGCCGAGCGAUAUCAUGACUCGGGAGGCAUUUGAGAACGCCAUCAUUGUCAAUAGUGCUAUUGGCGGAAGCACUAACGCCCCUAUUCACCUAAACGCUGUAGCUAAGCAUAUCGGGGUCCCCCUUGACCUGAACGAUUGGGAUAACAUUGGUUUCGAUGUUCCCCUCCUGCUGAACGUCCAGCCUGCAGGCGAAAUGCUGUGUGAAGAGUAUUACAAAGCCGGCGGUCUACCCGCCAUUAUGGCCGAGCUCCUGGCCCAGAACAAAUUGCACGCGGAUAUAGUCACUGCGAACGGUAAGACGGUUCGAGAGAAUGUGGCUGGAAAGGAGUCGUGGGAUAGACGAACGAUCAAGGAGUAUCAGGAUCCCAUGAAGACUUCUGCUGGAUUUCUUCAUAUGACGGGUAACCUCUUCGAUUCGGCCAUCAUGAAAACUUCGGUCGUAUCAGAUGACUUCCGGAAGGACUUCUUAGAGGAUCCGAAGGACCCUAACGCCUUUGAGUGCAAGGCGGUUGUCUUUGACGGGCGUGAGGAUUUCAUCAACCGCAUCGAUGAUCCCAAGACUGGCAUUGACCGCAGGACUAUCCUCGUUAUCCGUGGAGUUGGACCUCUUGGAUAUCCGGGUGCCGCCGAAGUCGUCAACAUGCACGCUCCGGGCUACAUCAUCAAACAAGGAGUAACCUCUUUACCUUGCAUAGGAGAUGGUCGACAAUCCGGAACAUCUGGGUCACCCUCUAUUCUGAACGCAAGUCCAGAAGCGGCUGCUGGCGGAAAUUUAGCCAUUCUCAGGGAUGGUGAUCUGCUAAGGGUUGACCUCAACAAGAGAACAGUGAACAUACUCGUUGCCGAUGAAGAGUUGAAGCAAAGGCGCGAGGAGCUCCAAGCCCAAGGCGGCUAUGCUGUCCCUGAGAGCCAGACGCCAUGGCAGGAUAUCUUUAGGAGAGAAGUUGGUCAACUGAACGAGGGAAUGGUUCUGCAAAAUGCUGUCAAGUUUCAGAGAGUUGCACAACGGUGGCCAGCGCCGAAGCACAAUCACUAG